GGUAUCUAUUACAAGCGAGACUAACCAGCAACCCCUGCAGUCGAAACACCUCGUGAGUGAACUGUGUUUACAACACAACACACAUGUAGCUCACACGGGCUAUCUGUGCCACUCCUAGCCUUGUGUCUGCUGCUGGCUGUGAACGUGUUUCAAAGUGUUCCAUUGAGAUGAUUAAAUGAACAGCAAUUUUUUAUUGUCAUCUCAAAUUAGACGAAACAAUGUUAUCACUAGAACUUUUGAUUCAGAAUGUUUAAUACGUGAUUAAAACGUCGGCCUUGUCAUCUCUACUAAAACAAAAGUGUGUACGAUUCUCAAACAACUUUAUCAACAUGCAUAGUGUAGACUUCACAAGUUGGAGUUGUUCACUUAGUAGUUAGAGUUAGUGAGCUGCACAUUUUUUACAAUAGAGCAAGUGAAAGGAACUACCUAUCUCACGUGAAAUAUGUAUCGAAAUAAAAUCCAAUUCAAUGGUAAAUCGCAAAGGAACAAAUUUAAAAUGGCAUACCUGAUUUCUAACAGAACAUUAGUCAAAGUAAUUUGUUUGCUGAUCACAUCAUUGUGUGCUUGGAUCAUGUACUUCAUGUACAUGACGAGAAGAGCAGAGGAUGCUUUCUUUGAAAGUCGUUCUAAGUUCAAUGAUUAUGUAAGGGAGAUAAUGUUCGAAUCAGAUCUAAGCAUAAAAGCCGACUUUCCAAGCAACCGAACUGAUCAGAAGACUGUAGCGGUAAAUCCUUUGGUUUCAAAUCAACAACAUGACAAGGAACGUACAUUUCUAACACCAACGGUCACAUCCUCUUUGGCACUGUUGACGGUCACAUUAAAGCAGUUUCAAAGCUCUGACGAUGAAAAUCUAGCAGCAAUUAACUCCCCAGCUAAAGCUGAUUCUCAACAAAACAAUACAGAGCCUGGAUAUCUUGUCUAUCUUUGUGACUCGACGCUAUUUUGUGGCGGAUGGGGCGAUAGGCAAAGAGGAAUAACGUCGCUAUAUUUUGUCUCUAAAAUUCUGGGCCGCCAAUUUAAAAUUGUAAUGAGCACGCCUUGUGACCUGUCCAACUUUUAUGUGCCCAACAGAGUAGACUGGCAAAUAGACACCACUUUGAAAGAGUUGAAGAGUACGGAAAUCAAUUCCAUGAACAAUGAUAGAUUUUUUCAAAACCUCAAGUCUGGGGAUUUCAAUCAAAAAUUUCCUUAUAAAGUUGUUUUUGUUCGGACCAAUUCUGAUUUUUACGACAGGGUGAUGAGAUUUUCUUCCUAUUCACCUAGAAUCAAACAUUGGAAAGUGCUGCUGGAUGCUAGAGAUAGAUUCAGGUGGGCUUGGAAUGAUCUUAUGAAACCCUCGCUCAUCUUACUUAAAGAUAUUGAACAUAUUGUGGGUUCCAGUUUUCUGAUUAAAAAAGGCCUUAUAAACAAACCAAUAGAAACCAGACAGCAAAUCAGGUCUCUCUAUGACAUUGAUAAUUCCACAUUAAUAUGUGGUCAUGUCAGAAUAGGAAAAAAUCCUACGAUACCGAUGGAUGAGGAUCUGUAUAAUUUUAAAAUGACAGAUUUGCCAACUUUGCACAGAUUUAUGUUAGCCAAAAGCCGUGUUAGUCUAGAUCCGUACUUUUUUGUUGCCACCGACUACGAUUAUGUCAGAAAAGAAUCUUUGCUCUUUUUUGGUGAUCGUCUCAUUGACUAUGGCGGUCAAAUCAUGCACAUAGAUCGUCAGAGAAACGGACAAAGUGUUUGCAGUGGAUUGGAAGUCGCUUUAAUUGACCAGUUAUUGUUGAGUCUCUGUGAUGUACUGGUCAUCUCCAAGAGUGGCUUUAGCAGAUAUGCAUCGUACUUAAAUAAUUCUACAGCAAACAUUUAUAUUUUGGAAAACGGACAAAUAACACAAAAUGUCAAUAAAAACUUGAGACCAAAAAGUAUUUAAACCAUUCAUAACCUUACACUGCUGGGAAGUGUGUUUCGUGUGCAAAUAUCUAAUACAUUGUUUUAUUGCUAUAACCUGUCAAUAGUUUUGAAAUAACUUUUAAAGAGCAUGCAAAAGUAACACAACUGUUAGAAUGUAUACAUGUGUAAACUUGGUAAAAAAAGUAUUGCUGACAAAAUGUGCCGUUACGAUAAUGUGUUUCUUAAAACGCACUUGUUCUCUAAAGGCUACACUUUUUUUUUCUGUAUGCUGUCAAGAGGGAAAGUGCUGAAUAUAAAACAGGAAUGAAGAAGUCAGCAUAGAUCUAAUAUAGGCCAAAAUAACUUUUCCUAAAUACCAAAUACAAAUGUUUAAUAGUAGAAAACAGUGAAUUACAUUCUGGUGUAAGCCAGUAACUUGCAGUCGAUGACACUUUAUCAAAACAAAUUGAUAUGAAUGAGUUAUGUAUGUGUACCAAGAAAAGUAGGUGAAAAGGAAUGUUAUAAGGCAGUGAAAAAGUGGGAUGGAGCGACCCUCAGGGGUCGACGACAACUUACAAUGGGUCCAUGUGAGUGAAAAAUAUGAAUUGGGGGAUUUAUGCUAUUGGAUCUCAUUUGAGCAGGUCGUGACUUCAUUUGGAUUUCCCAUGAGUGGGAUUGUAUACCCAUGUACCUUAGUUAAUCCUGUAAAUGUAUUUGAACUAUUUUUUCUCAUGUUAAUAACAUAUUUAAAUAGCAUACUUUUUGCCUACACCUAACUAGUAUUUGUCCUAAACAUGUUGACAGGACAGAUAUGAUUAUUUGAACAUUUGCUUCCUUCCGUGUCGAAUCAGCCAUUGUCUCCGCAUGCGACACAUUUUGAAGUCAUGACUCUAAGAACUAUCCAAGCUGAACGAGCAGUGACCACGAUGCUACCUUUCUUUGAAAUACUUUGGACUAGACCCAGUGGAGAAAAUGUUCACUUCCACAAAGGGAAAUGUUUUCUUGCUAUAUCUCGCUAGGAAAACCUUCGACCUUUAGGCGUAAAUAUGGAGAGAAAAAAAAUCAAACGUGUGAUUUUUUAAAAUGUUUUUUUCCUCUUCACGUCACUAUAA